AUGCCACGAUCAAAAAAACCUUUGGCUGAAGCAACACCCAAUGCAUCGAUUCCUUCUAAAGACCGAGGCUCUAUGUUGCCAAUCAUGGAAGCAAACAAAACCAAAGAUGAUGAUACUGCGGUCGAUUUCAAAAAAUAUGGUCAUUUGAUAGACAUGGAAUUGGAGCGUUGUCGUCUAAGUCAUGAGCUGUGUAAAGAAUGGAUGGCACUAGGUGUGACUGAAGCAUAUCAUGAUACAUUUUUUAUGUAUAUGGAUCCAACCAAAGCACCGGAUUAUACCGUCCUGCGCCGAGACAUACAAAAGUUCAUUACAAAUGCACUUGAAGAGCAGAAGAACCCUCCUCAAAGAGGUUCGUUUGUAUCGAGAAAACCCGAGAAAGAGAUUCCUGGAAACAAAAGACCUGAUGUGGUUAAAGUAGGAGGUUCAUCGCAAAGCUCCGACAAAUUACCAAUCAGUGAGAAUGCCGAGACUCAGGAUGAUCGCAGUAUCGAUAACGGUGAUUUGGAUGAAGAAAUUGUGUCAAAAUCGAGUUCUCAAGCUGCAGGUAAAAGGUCCAAUGGAAGAGCUACUGGUAGCCGGCGCAAUCGAGCUGAAGAUAAUGAGAAUGCUGUGAUCGAACCCGAGAACACCACAACAAUUGCGUCGACCUCUAAAUCCAACUCAAAAUCAACAGCCAAAUCUGUCCUUACGGACCAAGAAACAAAGCGUUGCCGCGAAAAGCUCAGAAGCAUUCUAAUGGCAGACGAAAAGGGAUUUGGGAAGGAAGACAAUAAAUACACUCCUUCAGCAGUCCAGUUCGAGUUACAAAUAUACCGCAAUGGCUUCAUGGGAUUUGGUUACAAACUUUGUGACUUAAUCGGCGUAUCGCAGGAAGAUUUUGAUGAGUUUAUGGUUUCCGCCUUUGGUAUGUCCAAAGAGGAGGGAAGUCAGAAUGAAGUUUGUCGAAGAAGUUGGGACUUGCUUCGGGAAUUGGAAAAAGAAAGAAGAGAUGGGGCUAGCUCGAAUGGAAAAACUAAGCAAACAAGUUCAUCAGGGACUAAAAGGGCCCCAGAUGGAGAGGAAGAAGGCUUCCCAAAAAAGAAGAAAAGAAAUGUUCUGAACGAGGAAAUAAUGGAUGCUAUUGCAAACAUUGGGCUGGAUGAUGAUGAGGAUGAGGAGUAUGGUGCGAUGGAAGUAUACGAUACUUGCGACUCGCUUCGAGAAAAAAUCCAGGAGUAUUUGGAUGAAACAGGUGUCAGUCAAGCCGCAUUUUGCCGCGCACUAUCGAAAUCACUGGACGACCAGAGAGUAACACCCGCACAGCUCAAAUCCUUCAUGUCAAAAACCGGACCAAAAGCUGGAAACACAUCUCUGGCAUUUUAUGCAGGCUAUUGCUUCAUGGAAAAAGUUAGACUUUUCGAAAAGAAAGAAAAAAGUGAGUUUCGGUUGGAAAUGGAGGAUAUCUGGGAUGGUACUCAACCAAUUACCUACGGACGUGCGGGAUUUGAUAUUUGGACACAAGAAAGUCAAUUCGUCCUUGGUUCUGCGACUUCAACAUUGGAGAUGGAUGAGUAUGGUGUGAUGCAUUACUUUGAGUGA